CAUUUCCCGUCAUCUAUAUUCAUCUAUAUUCACCUAUAUUCACCACCUAUAUUCACCUAUAUUCACCUAUAUUCACCUAUAUUCACCUAUAUUCACCUAUAUUCACCUAUAUUCACCUAUAUUCAACUAUAUUCACCAAUAUUCACUUAUAUUCACCUAUAUUCACCAAUUAUUCACCAAUUAUUCACCUAUAUUCACCUAUAUUCACCUAUAUUCACCUAUAUUCACCUAUAUUCAACUAUAUUCACCAAUAUUCACUUAUAUUCACCUAUAUUCACCAAUUAUUCACCAAUUAUUCACCAAUUAUUCACCAAUUAUUCAUCAAUAUUCACCUAUAUA